UUUACCAAUUUAAAAUGCACUGUCAAAAAACCUUGAAAUUGACAAUAUGAUUACUGUUUGUCAAUUUUGGUGUGCCUUGAGUAUAUUAUUAACAUUGAUUGCCAUUAAUUGCUUGUUACUUAUAUUAGUUUUGAUACAUUCAGCUAAAUUGUACAGAGUACUCGAAGACUUUGAAUAUGCUGUCACUCCACAAUUGACUUUUACUGGUCCAAAUUUAUCAAAGGCAGAAGACAACGUGACAUAUAUUGGUUUAUUAAGCAAUAUUACCGUUUGAAAUUAUCAAUUUAACGUCAAUUUAAAUUUAUGUUCGGUUAAAAUGACUUCCAUUUCAUACAUGGCCCUUCUGUUCCUCAUCAUAGUGGUAGUUGAUUGCAUGCUGUUGAGCAUGAACGCAAUGUAUUUGUGUCAUUUUACCAAAAAGUUGAAAAAUAAUUCGGAGACCGACGAGAAUCAACAGCGUGUCAACAAACGAUCAACUAAAAUCGAAAACGACAAGAUUUUUAUUGCUGGUGUCAUCAGACGUGUUGGCAAAGAGGAUCAUCUGCUUUGUGAAAGUUCAAUCAUCAGCAAGUACUGGACUCUCACCGUCUCAACUUGUGUUGACUUAAUUUCGGACCAUUUUGAUAAUAAUGACAAAAACAUUUAUAUCAGUGCAGGUUUCGUUAAUUGGAAGAACGGCUAUAGACACAACAUAAAAGAGUUUCAAAAAUAUUUUAAUGGUAAGGAUGCAGUGGCGAUGAUCAAAGUUAAAAAUCCCUUUGAAUAUGGGACUGAGAGUCCUAUAAAAAUCAAUAGGAAUGCACUUGAUGUUUCAAAAGGUCUUCAUGUAUUCGGAUGGAGUUAUUACAGAUCCUUUCAGUUAUCACCCUCGGUUAAGAUCAUAGAUAAACACAACUGCGAAGAGAGACUGAUUAAUUAUUUCGGUAAUCGGAGCACAAGUACGGUGUCAGAUACACAGUUCUGUAUAAACGGCUGCCAAUUUAACAUUGGAAGCCCGAUUGUCAGUGAUGGACUUCUUGUCGGCAUAGCACAGAAGCACAAUUUACGAUGUUCGCAAGCUUUAAUACCUGGUGUGUAUGUUAAUGUAAGCAAGUUUGUGAAUUGGAUUGACAAUGUUGUAGUGGAAUAAAUUAGAUGUUAUAAUUAGAUAAUUUGGCGCCCAACUUUUUUAUAUGUACACGUUGGGCGCCAAAUUUUAGCAAAUUUGUCACUUUUGACUUAGUAUGGUCAUGAGCAAUCUGUUACGAGAUUACGAUUUUCUUAUCUAUUACCAUUUGCCAAUAUUUUAUUUAUUGUCAUCGAUUAGGAUUUCCGAUAAUAAGAUAAUGAAAUGAGA